GUAAUAAAGUAUCACUGCAUUCAAAAUCUGAAGUAAUAAUGAAACCGGAGUUAUUGUCCAAGGACGAAUUUUCUGAAAUGGAAAGUUGCAAACAACAGGACGUUAUAAUAAUAGCAUUUAAGAAGACUAAUUGGUCUCCGAAAGAAAGAAGAUUCAUUAGUUUUG